GGAGGAGGUGUAGAGGGAAUAGAGGAGAACUGGAGAGAGACGGAGAGAGAGAGAGAGAGAUGAUGUCACUGCUACCCAGCUGCGAAUCAGAGCGGGCGGGAGGGAAGGAGAGAGGGGUGUGUAUCGUAUCGCCGCAGCAUCAAUAAGAGCCGAGAGGAGAAUUUAUUGCGAGAAGAGGGAGAGACAGAAGGACGGACAGAUACCGCAGGCUGACGGCAGACCUCGCUCUCGCUGCUCAGCUCUGAGGUCUCCCUUGUAGCUUCGUGGAUUUCUGCAGUCCAGGGGAAACAGACACAGACACCUCUGAGGAGAGACCAGACACACACAUACACACACUCCCUACUCUGAAGACGGCAGGAGGAAGUGAGUGAGGGAAAGAGAGAGGCUCUCCGAGCGCACUCACGCACUCCGGUUUUGCCGGGCUGUACACCAGGAAGAAGCAGACCCAGGAGGGAGGAAGAGGAGAGAAGAGGGGACGGACAGCGAGGGUGUUCUCCCUGCGUCGGGAGACAGUGGUGUGUGUGUGUGUGUGUGCGAGAAAAGAGAGUGUUCAUGGGAGUGUAAGCUGACAAGACGAUGAAGUUGCAGUGUCAGCGUGCCUCCAGUGGGGAGUGCUGUCUCUCCCCACUUUUCCUCUUCCUCGCACUCUUCCUCCUCUCUCAUGCUCCAGUGCCAUCCAGAGCUGUUAUCCACAUUCCCAAAGGCUACAACAAAACGCAGAAUGACCAGCCCCCUGUGAUCACGGCCCAGUCCCCGAGGAACCUCACCGCCUUCUCCAGCGAUGACAUCACCCUCACCUGCGAGGCCUCGGGCUCGCCCAGCCCUUCUUCUGUGGCAGCUGGGGGCUCUUCCUGGCUCAGCACGCUUAAGACAGAGAAGCUACCUCAGUCCUGUCCCCACUGUGUGCCAGAGCCGCCGAAGUGGCAGAAGGAGAACAUAGUGCCGAAGGUGGUGGAGGAAGGGGAGAGCGUGAUCCUGCCCUGUAACCCCCCGAAAAGCAUUGUCACCCCAUAUAUCCACUGGAUGGACGAAUUCCUGCGGCACAUCGAGCAGAACGAGCGCGUCACGCAGGGCCGAGAUGGAAACCUGUAUUUCUCUCAUGUGACACAGAAAGACACGAAUGCGAUGAAGAACAGGAAGCCCAGCCUCCUGCUGCCCAGAGGAUCGCAGAGCACCCACAUGGCGCUGAGGGGUCAGACCUUGGAGCUGGAGUGCAUCGCCGAGGGGCUCCCCACGCCUCACCUGGAGUGGGAGCGGAAGGACGGCGACCUCUCUGACGCAAGGGCCUCGCUGCAGAGCUUCGGGAAGCUGCUGCGCAUCGAGAACGUGGUGGAGAGCGACGAUGGGGAGUACCAGUGCACGGCCAGCAACGACCAGGGCAAGGCAACACACAUCUUCACCGUCACCGUGCAGGCUGCCCCCUACUGGACACGUGUGCCCGAGAGCGGUCUGUAUGCGCCAGGGGAGAUCAUGCGCCUGGACUGUGAGGCUGAAGGAAUCCCCACUCCCACUGUGCGCUGGAGGAUGAAUGGGCAGUGGCUGGAUGAGAUAGAGAAGGAUGAUCGCCGCCGUGUGGAAGGGGGCACUCUGAUCCUGACGGACGUGCAGUUCGGGGACACAGCUGUCUUCCAGUGCGAGGCCAGCAACAUACAUGGCACCAUCCUCACCAACACAUAUACCCACAUCAUCAACCUGCCACCCCAGAUCCUGACAGAGAGCGGCCAGGUGUACCAGCUGACGGAGGGGCAGAACGCCUACCUGCCCUGCCACGCCUUCGGCUCCCCGAGCCCCCGGCUCAUCUGGGAACUUGAGGGGGAGUCUGUUCUCUCGAACCCGCGCAUGUCCCAGUUCGCCAAUGGGACACUGAAUAUCUCGGAUGUCGUGCGGGGAGACAGUGGAGCGUACAUCUGCAGGGUGGAGAACUUCAACAUCAGCAUCAAUGCCACACUGAAAGUGUUCAGUAAGAUGACCUGGUGCAACUGUACACUGCUGUACACACACUGCUAUACACAGAGCUGUACAGCAUUGUGUGUGUUAACCCCUCUGUCUCAGUGCAGUGUGUGUGUACAGCAGUGUGUGUGCCGUGUGUGUUGUGCUGGGUGGGCAGUGCUCUGUGGUGUGGGCUGGGCUGUAACAGUGUGUUGUGUGUCCAGGUACACCUUUACAAAAAGGUCCCUGAUAGUGACGGACGUGGAGCUGGCUGACAUAGGUCUGUACACCUGUGUUGCCAUGGGGAAGCUGGACACCAUUGAGGCCAGUGCAAUGCUGACCGUUGUGGACUACCCAGAUCCCCCCUUUGCUCUACAGUUGUCAGACCCGCAAAGCCUGAGUGUGAGGCUGAGCUGGACACCUGGAGACAACCACAACAGCCCCAUGCAGGAGUUCGUGGUGGAGUAUGAGGAAGAGCGGACGGGUCAGGGCGUUUGGCACGAAUUGACGAGAGUGCCCGGGGACUCGACCAGUGCCUUCCUCGACCUGUGGCCCUUCUGCACGAGCCGCUUCCGGGUCAUCGCCAUAAACAAGCUGGGCAAGGGCAAGCCCAGCGAGCCCUCGGACAGCUACACCACGCCCCAUGCUGCCCCUGACCGCAACCCCAGAGACGUCACGGGUGAAGGCACGUCCGCUGACAACAUGGUGAUAAGAUGGAAGGACAUGCCUGCGACAGAGCACGGAGCCCCUGGCUUUCAGUACAAGGUGAUGUGGAGGCAGGCCUCAGGGGAGGAGCCCAAGUGGCACGAGAACUUCACAGAGUCGCCCCACUACGUGGUCACCAACACGCCCACCUUCACAGCCUAUGAGAUCAAAGUGCAGGCGGUCAAUGACCUGGGCGAGGGCCCGCCUGCCUCUCCAGUGAUCGGCUUCUCCGGAGAGGACACUCCGGUGGAGGCCCCGAUGAACGUGGGCGUGGAGGUAAUGGACAGCACUACGAUCAAGGUUGCGUGGUCCCAGGUGCCCGGAGAGAGUGUGAAGGGACACCUACUGGGGUACAAGAUCUACCUGAAGAGGCUGGGAGGGGUGGAGGCCGGCUCGCGUCAGAAGCGUUUCUCCAGCAAGCGCGGGGCGGGUCACAAGGCUCCGCACGGGCCGGGGGGGCCCGACUUCAAGGUGGUGACGGUCAGCGGGGCGAAGGGCUUCCAGGUGGUGAGCGGCCUGCGGCCCUACAGCCGCUACACCGUCAACAUGACCGUCUUCAACAAGAUAGGAGAGGGGCCGCCUAGCGAGCCCUUUGCCUUCAGCACUCCAGAGGGAGUGCCCAGCCCGCCUGUGUCGCUUCACUUCGACAGCCCAACGGAGACGUCUCUGACCCUCCACUGGGAGCCCCCUGCCCAGCCCAACGGCAUACUGACUGGGUACAUACUGCAGUACCAGAAACGUGAGUGUGCUGCUCUCACUUCCUUAACCCCUUUCAUCUUCCCCUCCUCCAUCGAGGUUGGCGAGAUGGCAGUGAGCCACUAUCAGUCGCCGCUCGUCAGGAACGUGACGCUGACGGGGCUGGACCGCGAGCGCACGUACCGCUUCUACCUGCGGGCGACCACGGCCACCGGGGAGGGGGAGCCCAUCAUCCGGGACGCCGCCACCUUGCUGGAAGGAGGGCCUCCUGCCAAUAUCAGCUUCUCUGCGGGCAAGACCUUCGCCAACUUCACCUGGGUGUCGGGGGAGAGGUACCGCAACGUCGGCUUCCACAUCCACUUCCUGAACAAGAACGGUCAGGACCCGUGGAAGGUGUCGGAGAAGGUGAACUCCAGCCAGGCCUUCUACCAGCUGCAGGGGCUGCACCCUGGCUCCCAGUACCGACUGAAGUUCAUCUCCCGCAACGACACCUUCUGGGAGACGGAGAUCCAGACGGAGGGGCCUGGGCCCCUGGAGGAACGUGGGGGCUUUGCGACUCAGGGCUGGUUCAUUGGGCUCAUUAGCGCCAUUGUGCUGCUUCUGCUUGUUCUGCUGAUCCUCUGUUUCAUUAAGAGGAGCAAAGGGGGCAAGUACUCAGUGAAGGACAAGGAAGAGGCCCAUGUGGACUCAGAAGCUCGACCCAUGAAGGAUGAGACGUUUGGGGAGUACAGAUCCCUGGAGAGUGACAAUGAAGAGAAGCACUCCUCCGCCAGCCAGCCCUCUCUGAACGGUGAGGUGAAGCCCCCGGGGAGUGACUACAGCCUGGCGGACUACGGCGACAGUGUCGACGCGCAGUUCAACGAGGACGGCUCCUUCAUCGGCCAGUACAGCGGCCGGAGGGAAGGCCAGGGGCCUGGAGGCCAUGACAGCUCGGGGGCCACGUCUCCUGUCAACCCCAACCAUGUAGGGGUACCCCUGGAGUGAGGGACAGAUGCCCUUGACUGAAGGACAGGCCGACAGACCGGGACGCUGACCAACGGACAGGCAGACACAGGAAUUACUGUCUGAUCUAACAGACACACUGACUAUCUGACUAUCUGAACAGCACUGGUCAGAUACCCAGGUAUACUGACUAUCUGACCACUGCUGGACAGGUGUGCAGACACACCAACUAUCUGACUGGUGCUCUACAGGCGUGCAGACACAUUAUCGACUAUCUGACCGGUGCAGGACAGGAGCACAGACACACUGACUAUCUGACCGGUGCUGGUCAGACACACAGACACAUUGACUACUUGACAUCUGCAGGACAGGAGCACGGACAAACGUACUAUCUGACCAGUGCUGGUAAGACACACAGACAUUCCAACUAUCUGACCACUGCAGGACAGGAGUGCGGACACACUGACUAUCUGACUGGUGCUGGUCAGACACAGACACACCGACUAUCUGACUGGUGCUGGAAAAGGGAGGUGGACUGAUGGACACACAGGGAAAUCGAUAUUAAAAAAACGAGGUUGAAAGAUGGAGAUGUAAAAUAUUCUAAAACGCGGACACCUUGCUACUCACACAAGCAAGACUGCAGUCUGUAGGCCAAUACACAGACUGAGACUCCCGUCCAGACUGACAGACACUCAGCAUCCAGACAGAUCAACCUGCUGCAUCUCAUCAGAUUAAUGAAACUCCAUUAUUGUUUACAGAUCUCACUGCUUGGGCCUUUUUCAGAUGUGCUGUGUGCCUGCCCCCCUUGCCUCUAAGUUAUGGUAACUCCCCAGUUUUGAGCACACAACACGAGAGGUGACAGCAAGAUGAAACAGUGAGAGAGAGAGAAGUUUACCAAGAAUUCCCUACUUGGGAUAUACACAGUGGGACAGGAGACACAGGGAGAGGGGAGAUAAUCCCUGAGUGGUAAAUACAGACAGGAGGACAGGAGACGCAGGGGGAGAGAGAGAGAGAGAGGUAGGUCAACAGGGCAGACGUGGAGACAGAAAUGUGUUUCAAGAAAUGAGAGUUGUGUACAGAAUCCUGGAAUAAGGCAGUGAAGCACGGUAAACUCAUUUUACCACUUCAAUAGGGGCAGUGAAGCACGGUAAACUCAUUUUACCGCCGUAAUAAAAGAGGUUAAGCAUAGUAAACUGGCUUUACCGCAGUAAAGCAUGGUAAAUCAAUGUUACCACAAUAAUAAGUGCAGUAAAGCAUGGGAAACCGAAAUGUUUACCAUUGUAAUAAGAGCAGUGAAAUGUGGUAUACCAGUUAUACCACAGUACUAAGGGUAAUGAAUCACGGAAUAGGUUUCAACAGUAGCAAAGGCAGUAAAACAUGGUAAACCAGUUUUUACCAAUCGUUCACAGGCGCAGCCUUGGUGCAUUCCAAACCCUGGUGUAUGGAGUACGUGUUAUCGUUGUGUUUUUUUUCUUACUUUUGGACUCGGUCUCACUUUCCGCGCUGGCGAUGCGACUGUGGAGGAGUCUUAAGGAGGGAUUGUGCGUGCGUGCGUCUUGUCCGGACUGCUCUAGCUGUCUCUUCCCUCUCACUUUCUUCAUCGCCAGCCUUGUUUCCUUGUUCCAGUGUCAAAAUGCCUUAAUUUUUUUUUUUUAAACCGUUUCUGUUAUUUUCCUUCACGUCAACCGCUCUGUGCACUUCGACCUCGGCCCAUAAUCUCAUAUCUUUGUACUUUUGUAUUUUUUUUGUUAUUUGAAUGGUGUAUUUAUAAUACAUAUCCCGCUCACCGUAUGUAUCAAUACAUGAGAGAUAUAUAUAUAUAUCUAUUACCAUUAUUUAAUCUGUUGCCAGAUCCUAUACUGUGUGCGUCUGAGGCUUUGUGUAGCAAUGUUGCUGUGCUGAACAAUUGUGUCAGUCCCAGCUAUACCAGGUUCAUGUUUUUUGACGCCAGGGCUUUACAGAAGUGGUGUCUCUGGGUGGGGGGGAGGUUGAUUAAGGUUCCCAGGCUGGUCCAUUGGGGUGGAGGCAGGCCUAGCGCCCCCUGGUGCUCAGAAGGGUUAGCCCCGCUGCAGAGACCGAUUUAUCGCAGUGCAUCAUGGGACUAUAUCAUUUUUUUUCUUGUACAACCCAAGAGCUGCUCUCCAGGUACACAGGGGUGGAGCAGGCCAAAGCUGUGCCGUCUCAGUUGGGGGGGGUCACGAGUUGUGGUUGUGGGCGUCCACCUUCCCAGAUGAGGGCCCGAGCCAGUGGGGGCAGGAUUCCCAGCAGGCAUUUGGCAGGGAAGAGGUGUAAAACACACACCAGCCUGUCCUUGGUUUACAGGCAGGAGCUGUAUAGAUACAGCAAUCACUUAGUAUUCUUUCCUAAACACUAGAAAACUGUACUGUUGCAAAAAAAUAGGUUUGAAAGCAGGUGGGAUCAUGUCCUUUCUUGUGCAAUUUCCCCCAUGUCCAAGUUCUUGACUUGUUAUCCUUGUAACAGCUGGUGCCCCACCCUGCCUGCACAGAGUGUCAGGGUGACUGACCAGCUGUAGCGAUUGUCUGACUCCAGAGAUAAGACGCCCACAACCCAGCCGUGACUUUGCACCAGGGCACCUUAAGGUAUAAAACUCAACCUGCCUUAAAAAGGUUCCUGUACCCACAGGUCCCACCAAAGUUGUAGUCCCUCAGCGAGGCUCAGUUCAGGAGCAUUGGGGGUGCUCUCUGGGCCACUGUCCUCAAACCUCUGGUGCUGCAGUCUCUCGGGGGUGGGGCAGCCGAACAGUCUGGGAAAACUGUGGUCAACGCCAUUUCCUGCGGUAUCCCAGCAUGCUCAGCUUCCAGCUGCUCAUGUUACUCUCGCAACAAGAGAAGGCGAUCGAGGCUGUGAGCCAGCCCUGCUGGGAACUAUCCCGGAAGGUGGCUUAGCAACCUGUAUCCCCACUGUAACGCUAAAAAAAAAUAGUGCUUUCCGAUUGAACGAACAUGUUAAAAAAAAAAACCCAAGGUGCAAACAGUUCACGAGAGUGGGAACAGCACAAAAUAGCUUUGGGAAACUGGGAACCAAGAUCGACGUGCACUUUGGAGCCCGUGUCCGAAGUACGGUAUGUGCCCAGGCAGUGAGGCGCUGAGCAUGGCUGGGCUUGGGGAACAGGAAGAGUUGGGGUUGAGGUUGGGGGAAGAGCUCCUUCGUGAAUGUAAAUAUAAUCCCAAGAGAUUGUGGAAUAAUGUCAUUUUUUUUUAGCUGUUUUCUGCAAAUGUUGAAUUUCUUUUAUUUUUAAAAAUAUUUCUGAAGUGUUUAUUUUUUUAUUUGGCUCUUUUUUUUCCUUUUUCAUUUUGUAUGUUGUUUGUAAUUUGGCUGUUUUUAGCAUUUAGGAAAAAAAUAGUCUCCAUAGUUACUUUAGUGAUAGACAACUUGCAAAAAAAAAAAGUAAAAAAUAUGACUCGUUAGAAACUAUUACAAAUGAGAGCAAAAAAGAAUUUAAAAAAGAACUGAUGCUACAAUAUUCCUGACAACUGCAUUAUCAGUGUAUAAAUAUUCUUGUUUGGUAUGUUAUGUAAUUCUCUCCGUUUCCUUUUUAUAUAUAAAUAACAAAUGCAAAAAAAAAAAACAAAAUAUCAGCAAAUAUGAAUAGGACUGAUGACGAAGGCAUCUGCAGCGUCUUUCUCAAGGGCGACGGAGGGCCCACUGACAUUGUUCGUGCUUACUGCGUUUGCCGCGCUAACAAAUGAAUAAAUAAUGAUUAAUCGACAA